UUGCACGCAGGCUUAAAAAUGCAAUUGACAAGUAUUAUCUGCGUCAUCUUGAUCCUGGGCUGUGUACUAAUUAAUGGACAAAGUCCCGAAUGCCGUAAGUUAAGGGACACUUGCAAUCCUUGCAUCCGAAGACUCAACAAUCCCAUCAAUAAUGUGGAGUUCAUGAACGAGGGAUGCCGUGAGAAAGUUCGUGGUAGAUACAUCUGGAAGAAUCAGACUCGCUGCGAUCUUCAAGUGAUCGCUUGCGGAGCUCACAAGAGGAAACUGGAUUGCUUGGUAAUAGCAGAGCUUGCUGGGAUGCCAAGGCGAACUUAG